UAAUAGAAGGAGACAGAAAGAACAGGGAAAGGAGAAGAGACAGUCUAAAUCAGCAGAUUAGACCAGUGGUCGAUACAGUGGUUGCUAUUCCCUAUGGAAGCAGACAUAUUCGCCUCGUGCUGAAAGGACCCGAUCAUUUAUAUUUGGAAACUAAGACUCUCCAUGGUGUUAAGGGUGAAAACAACCUCAGCUCCACAGGUUCCUUCAUUGUGGACAAUUCCAGCAUUGACUUCCAGAAGUUUCCAGACAAAGAGAUACUGAAAAUAUCUGGGCCUCUCACUGCAGACUUCACUAUCAAGAUUGCCUAUGUUGGUGCUGCUGACAGUUCGGUCCAGUUUAUCUUCUAUCAGCCUAUCAUUCAUCGAUGGAGAGAAACUGAUUUUUUCCCUUGUUCAGCAUCCUGUGGAGGAGGUUAUCAACUGACUUCUGCUGAAUGUUUUGAUCUGAGAAGCAAUCGGGUAGUAGCAGAUCAAUACUGUCACUAUUACCCUGAAAAUAUCAAGCCAAAGCCAAAACUUCAGGAAUGUAAUCUGGAUCCUUGUCCUGCAAGUGAUGGAUACAAGCAGAUCAUGCCCUAUGACCUCUACCAUCCCCUUCCAAGAUGGGAAAGUACACCCUGGACUGCCUGCUCCUCAUCCUGCGGAGGGGGGAUUCAAAGCCGCAGUGUCUCAUGUGUGGAGGAAGACAUUCAAGGGCAUAUUAGCCCCGUGGAAGAAUGGAAAUGCAUGUACACUCCAAAGAUGCCUCUUGUCCAACCUUGCAAUAUAUUUGACUGCCCAAAGUGGCUUGCUCAGGAAUGGUCACCGUGCACUGUGACCUGUGGACAAGGGCUCAGAUAUCGUGUGGUCCUUUGUAUUGAUCACAGGGGGAUGCAUACAGGAGGCUGUAGCUCUAAAACAAAGCCGCACAUAAAGGAAGAAUGCAUAGUACCCACUCCUUGUUACAAACCCAAAGAGAAACUUCCCGUGGAAGCAAAGUUGCCGUGGUACAAACAAGCUCAAGAGCUGGAAGAAGGAGCAGUGGUGUCUGAAGAACCUUCGUAA